AUGGGCGGAGCACUGAGCAAUAAACGAAAUAACAAUACUGUAGGUGCAAUGACUGACGGAGAUAACGCUGGUUCUCUUCAGAUGAAUCAAAUGGAUUGGCGAGACGAAGUUGUAAGACAUUAUAGCAAACAUCAUAACCCUCAAAUGCGCCAAUUAAAUUACGAACGCAACAUAAACGCCUAUGAAUCCGUUCUAAAAGAGUUGUCUAAAAAGGAGAGCAAAACUUACUAUGAAACAUGUAAGGACUAUUUCUUGGAUGGAUCAGAUAGAGCUACUUUUUCUGUUAAUCGUAAAAACGAUGCGAUUACAAAUUAUUUGAAUGGUCGAUAUAUAUGUACUUCUGAAGCGUUUUGGAGAAUUUUCAAUUUUGAAAUCCAUGAUAGAGAUCCGAUAGUUCAGCACUUGGCUGUUCAUCUAGAAAAUGGACAGCGUGUUUUCUUUAAUGCUAAUAAUCUUCAUCAAGUUAUUGAAAAUCCAAGAAAAACGACACUAACUGCAUUUUUUGAACUGUGUUCACAUGAUAAUUUUGCGAAAACACUGUUCUAUCAUGAAGUUCCUUCUUAUUACACCUGGGAUAAUAGCAGAGGCUGGUUAAAGAGAAGACGGGGAAAAGAUGUUCCCGGUUGGCCAGGAAUAAAAAUGGACACUGCCAUUGGUAGAAUUUACACGAUUCACCCAAAUCAAAGUGAGUGCUUCCAUUUAAGAUUGUUACUAAAUUAUGUACAAGGUCCUACUUCAUUUGAAAGCUUGAAGGCCUUUGAUGGAGUCAUUCACGUGACUUUUAAAGCUACCUGUUUUGCUCUUGGGCUUUUAGAAAAUGACGAGCAAUGGAAAAAUACUCUAGCGGAGGCAACUCUUUCAGAAAGUCCUUCAAAAUUAAGAGAAUUAUUCGCAAUAAUCAUAGUUUUCUGCCAACCGUCUGAACCUCAAUAUUUGUGGGAACAGUUCAGAAAUGAUUUUUGUGAAGAUAUUCUUCAUACAGAGCGCACUCGAUUAAAUGACUUGCAAUUUACUUUUUCUGAUGAAAUAUUUAAUAGAGGUUUGAUUGAAAUAGAAGAUAAAGUUGUUUGUCUGUCUGAAAAAUAUUUAACUGAAUUUGGAAUGAACUCACCUGUUCGAAAUGAAAAUGCAUCUGAUCCUUUUGAAUUCUCAAUUUUGCGUUCUUACGAUAAUAACCGAUUACAAGAAUUUAAAGCAUCCUCAGGUAAAGUUGCAUUAGCAGUAGCUUCAUCUGGUAUAGCAGCAACUCUCCUUAGUGGCGGCAGAACUGCUCACUCGACUUUCAAGUUACCGUUAAAUGUAUUAUUUGAUACUGAAUACGUUUGUCCGAUUCGUAAAAAUGGCCCUCUUGGAAAAAUUCUUCAAGAAACCUCAUUCGUUGAGUGGGAUGAGUGUACAAUGAGUCACAGAUCACAUAUCGAAGCAAUUGAUCGAACAUUAAAAGAUCUUAGGUGUAAUAAUAAGUUUAUGGGUGGCAUAACAUUUGUUUUCGCUGGUGAUUUCCGUCAAACCUUACCAGUAAUCCCUAAAGGUACUCGAGCUGAUGUCAUUAAUGCUUGCUUAAAAUCUUCCCCUAUAUGGAACUAUGUUGAAAAACUUUAUUUGCGAACAAACAUGAGAGUUUAUUUAUGCGGAGGGGACGAUAUUUUUCCAGCACAGUUGUUGAAAAUUGGAAAUGGAACUUUAGAAAAUGAAAAUGGUUACAUUUCUGUCGAUCACACGAUUGGACGGGUGGUCAAUAACGUGGAAGAGUUGAUUUCUACAGUUUAUCCUGACAUUUUUAAUCUGUCCAAUAAAUCUUAUCAGUGGUUAUGUGAAAGAGCUAUUAUCUCUCCAAGAAAUGUAACAGCAGAAGAAAUUAAUGUAUCAUCCUUCUAA